AUGACGAAAUCAUCAUCAUCUAGUUUGGGCGAGGAUGAAGAACGAGCCAAGCAGCAGCAGCAGCAGCUUUCGUUGGUGGACUUUGUGCUGUCAGCUUUAAGGAAAUCCAUGGCGUCAACGUGCCGAGUGGAUAGGCCCGACCAGGAAGUGGUGUCCGCCGUCGGACUCCGUCACAUGGAAAUCGGCUGGCCCACCGAUGUCCAGCACCUCACCCAUGUCACUUUCGACAGAUUCCAUGGCUUCCUCGGCCUUCCCCUCGAGUUUGAGCUCGAAAUUCCUCCCAAACCCCCUAGUGCCAGGGACAAUUUGCUGCAAGAAAAUAAAAAUCAUUCAUUCUUUGCAAGUGUGUGUGGUGUCUCUGCCGAAUCUAUGCAGUGGUCUUACGACGGUAGAGGCAAUACUGUCCCAACAAUUCUCUUGCUGAUGCAGCAGAAGCUGUACUCCCAUGGCGGUCUCAAGGUGACUCUUGAUUUUCCACUGUUAUUACUCUUUCUGUCUUGCUUAUUCCACCAGCUGUGCUAUCGACAGGCGGAGGGCAUCUUUCGUAUAAAUCCAGAGAAUAGCCAAGAGGAAUAUGUAAGAGACCAGCUCAACAGAGGCAUUGUGCCUGAAGACAUUGAUGUCCACUGUCUAGCAGGUUUGAUCAAAGCAUGGUUUCGGGAGCUCCCAUCUGGUGUCCUUGAUGGGCUUUCGCCAGAACAGGUGUCGCAGUGCAAUACAGAGGAGGAAUGCGUUGAGCUUAUCAAGCAGUUAAAGCCAACUGAGAAGGCCUUGCUCGCCUGGGCUAUUGAUCUCAUGGCUGAUGUUGUCGAGCAAGAAGGAUCCAACAAGAUGAAUGCCAGAAACAUUGCCAUGGUUUUUGCGCCCAACAUGACGCAGGUGUUGAAUCCGGUGACUGCGCUCGAGCAUGCUGUUCAAGUGAUGAACUUGCUGAAGACACUUAUACUGAAAAGGUUAAAAGAUCGGGAGGGAGCUGGUGGGGCGGACUCAUCCAGGCCGUCUCGAUUCUCAGAUGGGGAAUAUGAUGGCCAACGUGAGACGGACGCCAGCUAUGAAUUGGUAGGCCGUGAUUCAGAGGAUGAAGAGCAGCAAGAUUACUACAGCUCCUGCAAUGAAGACAAAGAUGAAGUAGAGUCAUUGAGUGAAAUUGAAUAUUGCUUCUUAAGACAACUAGACGACAGCGAAAGCGCUAAAGAUGGCUUCCGGAAACAAUUAGAGAGGAUACUGUGCAGGGAACAUCCGAGCCCCGUAAGCAAUAAUUCCUCCUUGAAGGCAGAUUCUCAUGUUCAUGCAAUAGCACGCCGCCACCGGGGAUGA